CUCCGUGCUCAUUUCCUCGCACUUGCCGGUCGGGCAAGUCUCUUCGUCAAAGCUAAGUAGUUUCUUCCUUCCCGUUCAAUUCCGCUCCGACCGCCUCUUCCUUCUCUAAUUCUCUUCACUUGCUCUGCUUCCUUUCGAUUCAAUCCGAUGCGUCCUUCUCCUUCCUCUGUCGCAGAAAGAGUACGAGAAUUAACCAAUCUCGACCCCUUUGCUGUGUCCGUAAUCAGUUUCUUGCGAACGUGAUCUUGUUUCUUCCCCGUGGACAGUUGUAACAUUUCCUAUUCCUCCCCCAAAAAAAUCUCUCAUUUUCUCUUGAGUUCUUGAUCUUUCCUCUGCAAGGGCUCUUCAGAAUUAGGCCAAGCGUGCCAUUCUGAUUUUUCAACAACUGCUGAUGGGGUGCUUCGCCUUCAAGAGCUGCAAGAACAGGUCCAAGCACCAGCAGAAGGUUGGCACCAAGACGCCGCCGGCCAAGUCGCCCCAGGCCUCCGAUUCCAGCGGGCAGAAGAGCAAGGCCUCCGAUUCCAGCGGGCAGAAUAGCAAGGCCUCCGAUUCCAGCGGGCAGAAGAGCAAGGCCUCCGAUUCCAGCGGGCAGAAGAGCAAGGCCUCCUCUGCGUCGGCGUCGACGCCGUCGAGGAGCAUACAGGAGCUAUCAGAGGAGAGGGGCGCGCAGCGGCUGCGGGUGUUCGACCUGGAGGAGCUCAGCAGCGCCACCAACGGCUUCAGCCGCGCGCUCAAGGUCGGCGAGGGCGGAUUCGGCUACGUCUACCGCGCCUUCUUCCGCUCCGCCGGCGGCGGCCGCGUUGUCCUCGCCGUCAAGCGCCUCAACCAGCGCAGCCUACAGGGGCACAAGCAGUGGCUGGCUGAAGUCCAAUUCCUGGGCGUUCUUGAGCACCCGAAUCUCGUGAAGCUCAUCGGCUACUGCGCAGUGGAUUCAGAAGAAAGCAAGCACAGGCUGCUGGUCUACGAGUUCAUGCCCAACAAGAGCUUGGAUGACCACCUGUUCAACCGAGCCCAUCCUCCUCUUUCCUGGAGAAUGAGAUUGCAGAUCAUGAUAGGUGCCGCGCGUGGCCUGGAUUAUCUCCAUGAAGGAGUGCCAGAAGUUCAGGUAAUCUACAGGGACUUUAAAGCAUCCAAUAUUCUUCUCGACGCCGAUUUCAAGCCGAAACUGUCGGACUUUGGGCUGGCAAGGGAGGGGCCAACGGAAGGGAAAACACACGUCUCCACCGCGGUGGUGGGGACGCACGGGUACGCGGCGCCGGACUACAUCGAGACAGGGCACCUGACGGCGAAGAGCGACGUGUGGAGCUUCGGCGUGGUGCUGUACGAGAUCCUGACGGGGCGGCGGUCGCUGGAGCGGAGCCGGCCGGCGGAGGAGCAGAAGCUGCUGGAGUGGGUGCGUCGGCACCCGCCGGACAGCGAGGGAUUCCGGGCCAUCAUGGACCCGCGGCUGGGCGGGCGGUACCGGAUGGCCGCCGCGCGCGAGGUGGCCAGGCUCGCCGACCGAUGCCUCGGCAAGAACGCCAAGGAGCGGCCGACGAUGAGGGACGUCGUCGAGGAGCUCGAGCGGGUGCUACAGAUGGAGCCCCCGCCGCCGCCCGUAGACAAGAAAGGAGCCGACGGCAAGCCGCCGUCGUCGGCCAAGAGGUGACGACGACCGAGUAGUUUCCAGCAUGCGGUCCGCUGAGCAUUUUCCACGUUUGUAUAUGUAUGCUAUAGAGAGGACAAUUCAUAAUGGAACAUGUUCAGGUUUAACUUCCUCUGCCUUAAUAUAUUUCAUAAUACAAA